AUAUAUAAUUGGCUAUAUAUUUAUGAGCUCCUAGGUCACUUCACUUUGGGUUGGGACGCCAAGUUAAAUUAAGCCAACUCAAGUACUUCUCCCAACCUCACUAACGCACGCAACCAAAAACUCCAAAAAGGGAGCGAGAUUUUGUUUUGUUUUCUUUCAGAUUUGCCAUGUCUCUCAGCAGCAUAGUGCCAAAACCAGCAGAAUAUGGCGGCAGUGACAGUGCUACUGUGGAAGGCAGGCGGGAGAUGUCUGAAACCCAUAGCAAGGCUGUGGUUGCCUACCCGGCUGCCGCCGCCCAAGUUAACUCACAAUCUUUCCUACAACUCACCAUGUACCCCAUAACUUUGAAGUUUGAGGAGGUGUUUUACAAAGUAAAAAUGGAGCAGAAAGGAGGAGGAUGGUGGGGCACAAAUACUACUAGUAUAGAAAAAAGUAUACUGAGUGGGAUAACAGGUACGGUCUGCCCAGGAGAGAUACUGGCGAUGCUAGGCCCAUCUGGGAGUGGGAAAACCACCCUUCUUACAGCUCUGGGAGGGCGCCUCAAUCAUCAGAAUAAUUGCAAGUUUAUGUCAGGAAAGAUCACGUACAACGGUCAGCCAUUUUGCGGAAGCAUCAAACGAAGAACGGGGUUUGUUGCCCAGGACGACGUCUUAUACCCGCAUCUCACUGUAACCGAGACUCUGGUGUUCACGGCUCUGCUGAGGCUGCCGAGGAGCCUGAGCAGGGAUGAGAAAGUGCAGCACGUGGAGCACGUGAUCAGUGAGUUGGGAUUGAGUGGGUGCCGGAGCAGCAUGAUUGGGGGCCCACUGUUCAGAGGGAUAUCAGGUGGAGAGAAGAAAAGGGUGAGUAUAGGUCAAGAGAUGCUAAUCAACCCAAGCUUACUUUUGCUAGAUGAGCCCACCUCAGGCUUGGACUCCACUACAGCUCAGCGAAUCCUGACCACACUCAAAAGGCUGGCCAGUGGGGGUCGAACCCUCGUCACCACCAUUCAUCAGCCCUCCAGCCGCAUCUACCACAUGUUUGAUAAGCUCGUCUUGCUUUCCGAGGGCUCCCCCAUUUAUUAUGGCCCUGCUUCCGCAGCCCUAGAUUAUUUUUCUUCCAUUGGUUUUUCCACGUCCUUGCCUAGUCUCAAUCCGGCAGAUCUUUUGCUAGAUCUUGCAAACGGAAUCGCCCCUGAUUCAAAACAUGCAUCUGAGCAACGCGAGAACAUGGAACAGGAUCAGAAGACCGUGAGAAAAGCUCUCAUUUCCGCCUACGAUAAGAAUAUUUGCGCAAAGUUGAAAGCUGAGUUGUGUUCUGGUUUGGAGGUCAACAACUGCAAUAAUUACAUGAAAGAUGCUUCUGCAAGACAAGGUACAGAGCAACAUUGGUGCACAAGCUGGUGGCAGCAGUUCAAGGUGCUGCUUCAGAGGGGGCUGAGAGAGCGAAGGUACGAAGCAUUCAACAGGCUAAGAAUUUUCCAAGUAAUAAGUGUAGCCACGCUUGGUGGACUCCUCUGGUGGCGCACACCCACGUCUCACAUUGAAGACCGUAUUGCUUUGCUCUUCUUCUUCUCCGUGUUCUGGGGGUUCUACCCACUUUACAAUGCAGUUUUCACAUUUCCCCAGGAAAGAAGAAUGCUGAUAAAAGAACGAUCAUCAGGAAUGUACCGGCUUUCGUCCUACUUCCUAGCAAGAACAGUUGGAGACCUGCCACUGGAGCUGGCACUCCCAACAGCAUUUGUGGUAAUAAUUUAUUGGAUGGGAGGGCUUAAACCUGAUCCCUUCACUUUCAUCCUCUCCCUACUGGUGGUUCUUUACAACGUCCUUGUGUCCCAGAGUCUUGGCUUAGCCAUUGGAGCCAUUCUGAUGGACAUAAAGCAAGCCACUACUUUGGCAUCUGUUACAACACUUGUUUUCCUCAUCGCCGGCGGGUACUAUAUUCAACAGAUUCCUGCCUUCAUUGUCUGGUUAAAGUACUUGAGCUACAGCUACUACUGUUACAAGCUUCUUCUUGGGGUUCAGUACGACGAGGAUGACUAUUAUGAGUGCUCCAAAGGAGUCCUCUGCCGUGUUGGAGAUUUGCCUGCCGUCAAAUCAAUGGGUGGCCUCAACCACUUGUGGAUAGAUGUCUCCAUUCUCGCCUUAAUGCUACUGGGUUACCGCCUUCUUGCUUAUAUUGCACUCCAUCGAGUGCGCUUGAGGUAACUCAUGAAUUCACUUCCUUCAUCAUAUCAUCAUCGUUCAUAUCGUUCCUUUCUUUCUUCCUUCCUUCCUUCCUUUUUGAUGCAUAUCAUACGUCGUCCAUGUCCACGUCUUUGUCCUCCUCCUCCUCUGCUAAUUAUAAUCAAGCUAGCUAGUACCUAGCUACUUACAGCUGCACAUCAGUCUCGAUCCAUCUGAAGAGUUUUCUCCUUUUCUUCAACCGAUCGAUCAUCUAUGAAAAGUCAUUACAGUCGAUCGGGGUUUAGUUAAAUUUAUUAGCGGGAAAAUCAUCAUGUGGUGAAAAUUAUGAGCCAACCUUGAUAUAUAUAAAUAUAUCCUUCUGAGUUCGUCCUGAUCAGUUGGAUAUACAAUAUUAUUGUACCAGAUCUUUAGAUCGAUAUUCCUAACUUGAACUUUCUAAUUUUAGAUUACAUUGACUA